AUGCCGUCUCUGAAGCAUCUAUUGGCAUUUCUUCCGGCUAUUGCCGCGUUGUCUGGUCUCGCAAGUGCUCAGACGAACAUCACUGAAAAGUCUUGCGCGUCCUCCUCUGAUUAUUCAAGGUGCAACAGGGAUGUUGCGGACAAGUGGAGCUCUUGCGUGAGGAAUUGUAACAGCAAUGGCAACUGUAUCGUUGAAUGCGGUUGUGAAUCCCACCGAAAGUAUAUCAAUUGCAUGGCUGAAUCAUGCUGGAAUCAGGUCUACUCUUGCAAGUACCAGCUCUUCAUCCAGCAGUAUUUUGCCAUCUGCCCAAGUGCCCAUGAGCCAAUUCCCUUCUGGCCAGCGCCGGACAACGCCCCGAAUCGCUGCUCUUGUGAUAUCGGAAAAGUCCUACAGACGACACUAGCCUCGCGCAAUGACCAAAUCAACUGCAUCAAGAACGCUACCGACAAGAUUAGCACCGACAUCUCCGAUCUAUCGAAUCUAAGCAACGGACUUGACAUUGCAGGCCGCACAUCCGACUGUGCUUGCUGCGGUGCCAGUGCCAGUAUCUCUGCAUCUUGGGAUAUCUGCCCACACACAGAACCCCGACUCGCAGGUGCAGACAUGUGGGGCCUGUUCUUCCCUUCUAGCCUACCAAACCUAUACACAUCUGUCCCGAACUGGGCCUGGUCAUCUUCAUCCUGCGACUCAAAACUCGAUAGUAACAAAUGCAAAGACCUCGGCUUCACCAAUGCAGACAAGUUCUACAAGCCCGGAGACUAUCCCAAGAACGGAACGUCGACUCUAUCCAACGUCGCUGGCACUGUUAGCGCUCCGCCUAGCGGUACCGUUCUCACCUGGUCGCAGGCUUCGAGCACAUACACGGUUACAGCUACUGGGUACGAUCGCAAGGCGGUUGCGAGUCAGAGUGAGUACCGCGCUACGGCGACGGGGGAUGAUGAUUUCGCGACGCAGACUUCGGAUAGUGCGGCUGGUGCUGUUGGAGUCAGGAACGGAGGGCUAGGUGCGGUUGUUGGGGCUAUUUUUGCGGUGGUCAUGCUAUGA